CGCUCGUUGUUAAAGCGGCGCGUGAGGGUCCAAGAUGUCUGCGCCCAUGUAACGCUGGUGGCAGACGUUGACUCCUUCCUCGGCUCCCGGCCCCAGUGUCACCCGGCUGAUUCCAAGGACUAUGUUGGGCCGGACUCUCCGAGAAGUUUCUGCAGCACUGAAGCAAGGCCAGGUUACACCAACAGAGCUCUGCAAGAAAUGUCUCUCCCUCAUCCAGAAAACCAAGUAUCUCAACGCUUACAUUACUGUAUCGGAAGAGGUGGCUUUAAAGCAAGCUGAAGAGUCAGAGAGAAGAUACAAGCAAGGUCAGUCUCUUGGAGAUUUAGAUGGAAUUCCUGUUGCCGUAAAGGACAACUUCAGUACAUCUGGCAUUGAGACAACAUGUGCAUCAAAUAUGUUAAAAGGUUAUAUACCACCUUACAAUGCUACAGUAGUUCAGAAGUUGUUGGAUCAGGGAGCUCUACUCAUGGGGAAAACAAAUUUAGAUGAGUUUGCUAUGGGAUCUGGAAGCACGGAUGGCGUGUUUGGACCAGUUAAGAACCCCUGGACUUACUCAAAGCAAUACCGGGAAAGACGCCGGCAGGAUGCACGUGAAGAUUCACACUGGCUGAUAACUGGAGGGAGCUCGGGCGGCAGCGCGGCUGCCGUGGCAGCGUUCACGUGCUUUGCGGCUCUGGGAUCGGACACUGGUGGAUCCACCAGGAACCCUGCUGCCCACUGUGGGGUUGUUGGUUUCAAACCGAGCUAUGGGUUGGUUUCCCGACACGGCCUUAUUCCCCUGGUGAAUUCAAUGGAUGUGCCAGGAAUCUUCACCAGAUGUGUGGACGAUACAGCAGUUGUGUUAGGUGUCCUGGCUGGACACGACCCCAAAGAUUCCACCACAGUAAAAGACCCUGUGAAGCCAGCCACGAUUCCCGGUGUGAUGGAUGUGAGCAGACUCUGUAUAGGAAUCCCAAAGGAAUAUCUAAUACCAGAAUUAUCAAGUGAAGUACGGUCUCUCUGGUCCCAAGCUGCUGACCUCUUUGAGUCUGAAGGAGCCAAAGUGAUUGAGGUGUCUCUGCCACACACCUGCUACUCAAUUGUCUGCUACCAUGUCCUGUGCACAUCAGAAGUAGCAUCGAAUAUGGCAAGAUUUGAUGGGCUACAGUACGGUCACAGGGCUGGUGUUGAUGUGUCUACUGAAGCCAUGUACGCCGCAACCAGACAGGAAGGCUUCAAUGAUGUGGUGAGAGGAAGAAUUCUCUCAGGAAACUUUUUCUUACUAAAAGAAAAUUAUGAGAAUUAUUUUGUCAAGGCACAGAAAGUGAGACGCCUCAUUGUGAAGGAUUUCGUGAAUGUUUUUGAGUCUGGGGUGGAUGUCCUGCUAACCCCCACCACCCUGACUGAGGCAGUGCCAUACCUGGAGUUCAUCAAAGAAGACAACCGGACACGCAGCGCCCAGGAUGAUAUUUUCACACAAGCUGUCAAUAUGGCAGGCUUGCCAGCAGUGAGUGUCCCUGUGGCCCUCUCAAGCCAAGGGCUGCCCAUAGGACUGCAGUUAAUUGGACGUGCAUUUUGUGACCAGCAGCUUCUGACAGUUGCCAAGUGGUUUGAAAAACAAGUACAGUUUCCUGUUAUCCAACUGCAAGACCUCAUGGAUGAUGGCUCGUUGGUUCUUGAAAAUGGAAAGUUAACUUCUGCUUCUCUAACCCAGUGAUGACCAAAAUAUCGUGGAGUUGCCUGAUGGUAGGAUGCUGGGGAUCGUAUGCUGGGCCUCAGGCUUGCUCUCUGCCACCGGACUGAAUCUCCACUCUAUAUCAUGUAGUUAAAAUGACUCUAAGAGGGCUGGCGAGAUGGCUCAGCGGGUAAGAGCACUGACUGCUCUUCCGAAGGUCCUGAGUUCAGAUCCCAGCAACCACAUGGUGGCUUAUAGCCACCCAUAAUGAGAUUGGACGCCCUCUUCUGGUGCGUCUGAAGACAGCUGCAAUAAAUUACGCUGGAACCAGAGGGGGGCCGGCAGAGGUCCUGAGUUCAAUUCCCAGCAGCCACACAAAUGAUGGCUCAUGGCCAUCUGUACAGCUACAGUGUACUCAUACACAUAAAAUAAAUAAAAUAAAUCUUUAAAAAAUAAUAAAAUAAAAAUGAAAUGAAAGGACUCUAAGAAGUGCUGUUCUCUGGAGUGUUAGUGAUCUCACCCAGCCCUGUGAUCAGUGUCACUGGCAACUCCAUCUGUCCUGGGGAUCAUUUCUUCAGAUCCCUGUGAUGCUGUUAACUGUAAUAUUCUAUAAUUGUAUAUUGUAAUUGUAAUAUUAAAGUGUUCUAUAAAAUCAAGUACUGAAUUUUAUAUAGCACAAAAAUACAAGCUCCUAAAAACAAUA